GGGCAGGCACUGCAGGCACCCGUCUCACAACAAUGUGCUCCCUGAAACCGCUGCUGCCGGUGUGAACAAGAGCACAGUAGCUAUGACGAAGGGAGGUCGCGUUGACCUGGCCACCCUCACGGCUGAUGACGAGGUCACAGCAGUUUAUCAUGAAGCAGACCAAGUGGGAAAGAAAGUCAAGGAGUCCAAAGUGCGAUACACAUGGGUGAGGCGGGAAGGGGGUUGUCUCGUGUGGAUACGGCACAUUUGAUCGUGGCCGUACAGGUGCUGGACCUCGGGGGGACGUCGCAUCGCAUCGACUUCACUAACUCGCGGGCAUCUGGGAUGAAGCGGGUGCUCGUAGAUGGCCACCUGCAACACGAAAACAAACAGUAAGACGGCCGCGUUGACAACCACCGUGGGUGCCAUCCUGUGUGGCUUCUCUUCGCAUGGAUCAGGUUUCGGGGCGGUGCGUUUCAAUAUAGCUGGCCUAUGGGCAAGCAUCUCCUGAGCAUCGUGCCAGACGAAGACGGUGCGCAUGUCACCAUCGAUUUCUUCAUGAGCAGCUUCACGUGUGAUGCCGUUCCAUUUCUAUCAGGCGGUCGCUUUCGUCUCCGGAUCAAUGGGCUGCCAUUCGAGGCCUUCGCACCAAAGCAGAAGCUCAAACGGCAGCAAAUGCAACUUAGGGAGCAAGCAAAAGCCGCUGGACGGGUAAGCAGGGUGUUGAAAUGAAGGCAGCUUAAGAGACUCGGUGGCGGGGGGAGCCGCGGUUCACGCGACGCUUUCUGGGUUCUGUCUCCUCUGCAGAAUGCCGGUGCGAGUCCAAGUGGCGCUUCAUCAGGAGCACAUAGCAGCGUACAGCGCCCCGCAGAGAAGCGUCCAUCGGACAGCAAACCACAGGUGACGGCGGUCGCGGUGACAGCAAGACAGCCACAACAGGUCAAGGCCAGUGACCCGGACCUGCUUAUCGGUAGGCGGCGUUUGCGAGUGAGAUGUGCGUACCGGCUUUGGCAUAUGUUGUGUGCUUGUCAGGCAUAAGCGACUCGUCUGACCCAUUUGCUGGCACAGUGGGAGUUGGAGCGGCUGGUGUGCAAGAUCCGUUCAAGGAGGUGAGGGCGGUCGGCCAUCGUCACAACAACAGGAUGGGCGCGCAUCGUUCAUCCAUUUGGUAUCUGUACAGGAAUCUGUCGCACCGAGCGGAGGAAUCCUUCACGCUCCAAGUGGUGAGUAAAAAGAGGGUGCUCAAAUGUAGCUCCCAAGUACUCAAUAGGUGGCUUCCACUGCCUCGGUUUCAGACGAUCUGAUUGGCUUGGAGACCCCGAACAGCUCACCCCCUGCAGCACACGUCGGAGAACGGCACUUCGACCCACUCAUAGUGAGCAGCUUCCUCGACGGGAAAGGGAACACCAUCCACAUCGUGAGUCUUAUUCACCCAUUAGAUGAGUAGUUCCGGUGGCUCGUUUGACGCUGAUCCCUUCAGCGGUGCUGAGCCCUUCACCGGUAUUGCACCUGGGGCAGACAUUGGGGACCUGCCACCAGACCUAUUUGCAGCUCAGCAUUACGAUAUCAGUAAGGAAGGGGGGGGAACCCGACACAAAGCCACAGUCGAAGUCAAGAUACUUGUUACCUUCAUUUGCUGCCUUUCUCAGGUACUCCGCCAGAUGGCCGGUCCGAGGCCGACACCACGGAGGCGGGGCAACCCCAGCAACCAAACAGCCCUCAGUCAGCCGAUCCGUAUGGUUUUAUGCCCCCCGUGCGCCACGCACAACUGCACACCCCAACCGGCAGCACACAAGCCGCCUCAAAAACGCUCAUGCCGGCAAGCGACGACCAAUUUGAUUCGACCGAGAAGGCAAGCCCAGCGUCCUACGGGCAGCAACAGAUGGCGUGCGGCAGUUACCCUUCACAGAUGCAGUCAUGGCAGCGGUUCGGUGGGGACUGGUGCAGCAGCACUGGGGGCUAUGACAACCAGUGGAAUACAUCAAUGACGGGGCAAGGCCGGCCGAUCGGUCAGGCGCAACGAGCACAGAUGAUGCCAUUGUCACAACAGCAACACGUGAGACAGGUGUGAGGAAACGAAGACAAAUGCAAACCAGCCAGUAUCACCCUUGUUGCGAACGCUUGGUGUUAAGGGUGGCGACCUAUGGGCACACAAGCUUGUGCAGCUCGAUUCUCUGGGCAACAACAUGGACCUACCCACCACUAGCAACACGAAUCCUUUUGCAACAGCGGCACCAGCUCCGAACCACAGUUCUGCUGCAAACAUGUUGGAGGUAAGCAACGAGAUGAAGGAGACCCAUGAAUAGUUGGAUUCGUCCAUGUCAGGGCGGAAGGUAUAUCAGCGGGAGCCAUGGUGAGCUACAGGGCAGCUCAACUGUGUGCUUGCAUCUUCGCACAUGUUGUCUGUUAAUCUAGGUGGCCCGAUCGCUCAAUCAUCAACUAAUGAGCUGGACGAUGCUUUCUCUCUCAUAAAGCUGUAAUGGACAUUUGCUAAUGUUGCUGACAUACGCUUACAACGGUGUCUCAUGACGACGCGUUGUUCGAGAGCUCAUGUGGUAUACUAUGUUACGAGGUGGCAUUUUGAAAUGAAUGAGAGCCUGAAUUCAAGCACCAUUUGCUCCCGUCUCCGGCACAUUCUCAGUGAAGUUCUCAGGAGAAUGACGCUUCGCUGAUAAAGGGAGGGAGGUGCACACCUGACCUCAUGCGGCGUCGGACACACAAAAGUCCGACCGUCAGCUACCAGGAUGAGCUGUGGGCGUGUGUGUGUGUGGCUGUGCCACCCACGCGAAUGAGAGACGCCUGAGCCACGUGUGUGCUGUGAUGAUGGUGCAAGGAAAGACAUGAGUGUUAUGGUGGAUUGCAUGAUGAGUGUAGUGUAUCUAUUGAGAGUGAGUGGGUAGACAGGCAGUAGAUGAUACAUGGAAGGCACAUGCAGACAGGCAUGAUUCCGAGAAGCGCACAACAAAUUGACGGCAGGGAGAAGACAUGAACGGACUCCGGGCUACGUACAACCGAGUGCCUCGGUCGGUGGGACCUCAAUUACUG